CGGGAGCAGGAGGGGGCUCGGCCGGGGCUUUGGGUGUAGCUCUAUCUGGAUGAAACAGAAUUGGAGAAAAUCCCGUCUGAGGUUCGUUUAGGCCUCAAGCCGUGAGUCUACUACAUUUCCCAUGAUCCCUUGCGCCUCAUUCGCCGGAACCGGAAGCGUAAAGGCGGAAGCAUGCGAAGAGUGAGCCGGCAGCCCUGUGACGAUGGUCCUCUGCUGGAGGAGCAGGAGACGGAGGGACAGCGGCAGCUGCACAGCCUCCUGCUGCAGCAGCUUCACACUGACGUGGACUUCCAACGAUGUCUAGCCAAGAAGAAGUGCUUCGCCCCAGCAGCGCUCUAUAAGCCGUUCGGGGAGCAGGCAGCUGGUGUGAGGAGCCUCUCCCAGUUCCAGGCCCUGCAGAACGGGGAGAAGGAGCUGGCCAGUCUGCGGGAGCUGGGCCUCACUGAUGCUGAGAUCCAGGUGUGGCAGACCAGAGACACAACAGAGGCGAUGGAGAAGUCCCACGGCGUGUGCGUGGCUCCGGGGGCGAAGCAGCAGCGUCUCCAGGUGAUCAGAGACAAGAUUGAAGCGAGGGACGAGCUCCUGGCCCGACCACAGCGCUUCGCCACCAGCCAGCCUCUGUCCCGCCGGGAGAUGGAGAUCGAACAAGCUCUGUUCCAGGGAAACGAGCGGCAGGGUUUCCUCUCUGCACUUUACCACCGAGAGGAAGAAAACCACGAUGGACAACAGCAGGCCACGUCCUCCAAUCCGAUAGACACUCUCUACAGAGACGUUCUCAGUACGGAGGGACAACAAGUGUCUUUACAGGACUGGGAGGAAGAACCAGCACAAGUGUCCACACACAGAACUUUAUCUGACCAAUCACAGACCUCACAGCCAGAGAACGACCAAUCAGAAGACAGGACAGAGACUCUUUCAGCACCGAAGGACAAAAACAGGAGAUCAGAACAGCAACACAAACAGGAGCCAACACGACCAGCACCCCCGACAGAGAUAAAGAUCAACCAGCCAAUCAGCAGUCUGGAUGGAGCGGCGAAGGCGGGGCCAGUGACUCUCAGAGGAAAGAUCGAGACGAUCACAGACGAGGAAAUCCUGCAGAACCGUGAAUCUGAGGAUGGGAUCCGGAGCAUCCCGAGGUUCCGAGGCUACCAGCCCGGAAUCCCCUCCAAGGUUCUGUGUGUGAAGAACCUGAGUGCACAGGCGUCCGCGGCCCAGCUGGUGGCGCUCUUCUCCAGGUUUGAGCCGGAGGACGGGCCUUCAGUCGUUUACCGCCUGCUGACGGGAAGGAUGAAGGGUCAAGCCUUCGUCACUCUGCCAGAUGCUGAAACGGCCCAGAAUGCUUUGCGGUUGAUCCACGGAUACCGGUUGCUAGGGAAACCGCUGGUGGUCGAGUUUGGCCGAGAGCGACAGGAGGAGGAGAAAUAGGAGAAGGAAGAGCCGCAGCAGCAGGAGGAGAGACAGAAGAAGGAAGAGCAGCAGCAGAAGCAGGAGAAUAAACAGAAUAAGGAAGAGCGACAGGAAGAGGAGGAGAAACAGUAGAAGGAAGAGCAGCAGCAGGAGGAGGAGAAACAGAAGAAGGAAGAGCAGCAGCAGGAGGAGAAAUAAUUUAUAAUGUAUAUCAUACAUCAAUGAUCUAUACAUAUAUUUAUUUAUAUUUACUGUAAAAAGUUGUUUUCUUCUGGAGUUUAGUUUUUAAUAAAUGUCUGUUUUACAUCACACUCUUAAAUGAAAUAAAAUAACUUCUCUUUUUUACUUUUUAUUGUUUUGAUAACACAAGCAAGCAGAUUUAAUUACAAAAAAAUGAAAACUCGUAUUUCUUCAUGUUUUCAACAUUUCGCUUUAACUUAUCUCCAGUUUUAAAUAAAACGCUUGUUAUUUACUUCCUUAACUAAUUCAGAUCAGCCUCAAACAUGUAGAUAGAACAUUUUUAGACUGAAAUAAAACAAACUUUCAGGAUCAAUAAUGAUUCAUAUAAAUAAUUAUUUGAUAAGUGGUAUUUCUUAUAAUUUAUUUUAAAUGUCUUUAUAAAAUAACAUAUCAAAAAUGACAGUUUUUUUUUUUUUACACACUUCUUUUAUUCAGUGUCAUUCUCACUCUGGUCACUAGAUAGAGCUCUUUAGUCAUCACCAUAGUCAGGAGAGGAACCACACAAGCCCUCAAAUAUACACAUUAACAAAAAUAUAUAAUAUAUUUAUAAAAUUGCUUGUUGAAGACUCAUUUUGUCUUUCAACUGAAUUUAGAAAAGUUCAUGUUUCCUAUGAAUAAUAAAACCAGUUUUGUUACUUUUUGGGAACAUAAAUGUUCCCAAAAAGUGUUUCUUUGAA